AUGAAGAUGACUCCGACCCGACGAGAGCGACGCAAACGAGAUGACUACGCGCCGCGAUUCAUCCACGUCCAGCCGGACGUCAAGGCCUACACAACCGCCAGUCGGGAUGCACUCGGUCGGAUGGAAGGCUACAUCCGCCAGUUGGCCUCCGACCCGAAGCUCUACAUCACACACGAGUUGGGCGAGAAGAUUCAGGCGCUGGCGGACCAGACGGCAAUUCUGAAAAUGGACAACUUUCUGAUGCAGGGCGCCUCCGGCGCCUGGCGCAACCAGUUCCCCAUGCGCCAGUUGGUCACGGAGAAACAGAGCCUGCUAUCCACGGCCGGGAAGCUGGAGGACUCUGACGGUCAGUUGGUGCGCCGCUUCAUCACCAACAUGACGCGCGGCCGGAUCGCCUGUACCUCCGAACAGUGUGCUCGUGAAGAGCUGUCGUCGGGCAAUUCUAGUUGCCAGGGCGUCGGAUGGACCGACUCUGCAGUUCGGUCAGCUCAUGCCUGGGCCAAUCAGGAACUCUCGGGUCUACACUUUGAGCUGGAGCCUCUCGUCGACGUGGCUCGCCAGCGCACCACCCAGUACCUCGACGAAUUGGGCGUCACAGACCGUUACCUUGGCUACCGAGCCAACCUGGGCUAUAGCGGACGUCGGGCGGGCUUGUGCUAUCCCAACCCAGCGGGUCGACGUAUCGUGGAUGACGGCAGGUCUGAUGUGGCGCCACGUUGGCAGAUGCCCAUCGUCUGGGAGCGCGCCAAUCAGGUCGGCACCAGAGGCUACCAGCCGGAGCCGGACUCGGAGCAUGAACUGGAGGGCUGGAGUCGUGGCCGGUCAGAAUCGGCCGGCCAAACGGCCGGGGCUGGUGGGCAAAACGUCGAGUCGGGCGAUCUGUAUCCGUCGAAAUCGGAAUACCAAACCUCUUACAUUCAGCCGUUCCUGCACGACGCAGCAACCAUCCGAAACCCACCGCCCGGAACGCAUCGGCAUCGGCUGGAGCAGCCGGCCGACCUGCGCGGCCGGGGCAACCUGGCCGCUUUCGACUCGUCGAUGGUGCACUCGAAGGGCUAUCCAAUCAACCCGAAGCCCAACUUUCUGAGCCACAUGCGCGAGCCCUCCAAUCAAGCCUCCACCGCUGCCAUGGCUUCUUUCGCCAACGCCAAGUCGGAGAUGAAGGAUAGCUAUUCAUGGUCGGAGAUGAAGAAAAAAGGAAAAGGCGAGCUAUCAGCGCCACUUAGUGCUCACGUCUGA